AUGGCCUCAACGACAUCUUACAGUGAAGGAGAAAGCUCACAGCGAGCUCCGUACAGGCGAACCAACGUGGGAUGGCUCUCUCCUUCAAUCCAACCGCCGAAAGCAAUUAUCAACAGCAACUACGGGCCUGCGCUCAAAGAUGAAGAGCUGUAUGCUCUGGCGCGCAGCUUGUCUAAAGUAGACCACUUUCUUCUUGUCUAUUGUCAGCAUUUCUACCAGCAAAUCGUGUCUGGUAGGCUCAACGCAGGUGAUGUAACAGCGCAGAGUUUGGCUCUGAACGACCUGGACGAUCUGGAAACGAUCAUAACUCAGAUACGAGAUGUCGAUUCGGGACGCUUUGUGUUCAGUAGCCUCUACCUCAAGGAGAGACAUAUCCUUUACUACUGGGGACGAGCCUUUUCAUUUCUGUCUCAGAUUCUCCUGACGGAUGAUGAAAUACACCAACCUACGCUGGACAACCUCGAGAGAAUCACUGAAUAUGCCUCUGAUAUAGAGGCUGCAGUACUUGAUGCAGGAUCGGCGGGGGUGCUUACCUCUGAUUAUCGACUGGUGCUUUCCGAGCGAUGGGAUCUUCUCGAAAGCGCACUCAGUCUAUACCAUCAGCAUUCACAGUCUCCUCGAGCGGUUGCAAAAUGGCCCGAAAUAGCACGCAAGGUCCAAGCGCAACCGAAAGUCUCGCCCCAAGACACUAAAGCAGGUCUUUCAACACAGUCUGGUAUAUUCACUACAAUGCUCUGGUUGACAUUCAUCGGAACAACAUUUUCUAAUGUCUGGACUUUUGCCUUUGCCUACAACUACUCAGACCAUACACCGGGAACUACAAAAGACGCAGAUUUCUGGUUUCUCUUGCAAAGCUGCAUUACGCAAGGGUUUACUUUAUUCAUUUCUGGAAUCCUUUUGAGGGCUGAUCCGCGAUUGCGGAAGCGCAUUUGGGUGCCUCCAAUGUUGCUAGCAUUGAUCUGCACGGUUAUAGCACCGCCCCUAUAUGUCACUGCUCCGACGGAGUGGUCCAGCUUUGUCGGUUUCUUAGCAGGAGGAAUUCAAAGCUUUGUGGUUCUACAGCUUGCGACAGUUUCAGGAUGA